UGGCGUGUGGCAGUCACUAGCCAAGCCACAAGCUAAGCUUGCUAAGCCCCCAAGCCAGUCUAAUCCAAUGAGGCACAUUCUUGUUCUUCCGUGGAGCUUUGUGAGGUUGUUAUGGCCUUAUCUUGGUUGAGUUGAUCAGAUGUUGGAAGAGGAUCGCAUGUCUUCAUGAAGCCGUACAGCACGGUGCAAGAUCAGCAGUGUGACAUCGGCGCGCGUUGAGCUUGUCGAUUAGCUCGCAGGAUGAAUUUGUCGGCCGACACUUGGAACGGGACAUACGAGGAUGCGGACUCCGCAUCCUACUUGGUAUGUCCGGCCUGGCUGCCCACAAACCACAUCCUCUUCCAGAUGGCCAACAUUUUCUUGUUCCUGUCGUAUAUGGCCCCAGGUGGCAUUCACGGACUGCUCUACUUGCGGAUCUGCUUGGCCAUCGGCAGUUUUUUCUUCGCCCUUUGGGGCUACGUGAUUCUCUGCGCAUUCGACACGCUCGUGUGGAACGUGUUUUUUACUCUCAUCAAUCUCGUACAUGUCAUCGUGCUCAUGUAUAUUUUAAGACCUGUGCGCUUCUCGACAGACAUGGAGAAGGUGUAUCGUGAAAUGUUUCAGCCUCUCAAGGUGUCGAGACAGCAGUUUCAGAGUGCUGUAAGUUGUGUGAAAGAAAUUGUGGAACUGCGGCCCAAAGAGAACUAUACAGUCGAGACGAAAACGGUGGCAGAUCGCCUCAGCCUGGUUCUCAGCGGCAGGCUUGUCGUGUCACAACGCAAGCGCGCCCUGCAGGUUGUGGACAAGCACGAAUUCCUCGACUCCCCAGAGUGGUUCGGGGUCUGCAGCAAUGACCGUUAUCAGGUGACGAUGACAGCGGUCGAAAUGUGUCGUCUGCUGGUCUGGAAUCGCGACAAACUCAAGCUUACCAUCAGCGGAGACCCCUUCCUGCGGGCAGUGUUUGAUAACGUGGUGGGCAAGGACGUGGUCAAGAAGUUGCUCUUUGUUACGUCCUGCAAUGGGUUGGCCAACCAUGAGAUGGACGCUGCGUCAGAGACGACCAAGCUUCUCAUUCAGAUGAAGGAAGGGAAGGCAGGCAUGGAUGUUUUGCUCAACAGGCACUGCAAGGACCGGUGCGACGUGAACCUGUGGAACCUGGGAGUGGCAGAUCCCGAGACGACCGUAUGACACAAGCAUUGGAGGGUUCCAUCUCGCGGAAGACGCAGGUCCCCGCAUCCGCGCCACUACUGGGUCUAGAGAUGCUGCUGCCCUCCUGUCGGAGUACCCUGCACAAGUGCCUGCCUCAGGACGCACAGCCUUUACGCCGUUGCCACGAAAUGUUUGCAGACGCACGAAACUUGCAUUUUAUAGCUUUUUUUUCUCCAUCUACAGGUUUUCCCGGCGAUUUUAAUCCAAGUGCCAGCUAAAUUAAUCCACGUGCCAUGCAAACUUUAUGGGGACAUGGAUUAAUUUAGCUGGCACUUAAAUUAAAAUCGCCGGGAAAACCUGUAGUUUCUAGAAACUGUUUAGUCUCCGAAUGAGCCGUGCGUUGCUCCGACCUCUUUGUGCUGGUCGCCGAAGGGUCAGUUGGAUGCGCCCAGAGUCUGUUUGAAGUUUUAUCAUCUUUGUCAAGGUGUUGUUCGUGUGCCAUCUCGAUCGUGUUGUCUGUUUUUUUUUGAAGCUCCAGUAGCAGAACGUUUUCCCAUUGCCAAAAGCACUAACGUUGUCCUGCAGCUAUUUUUUAACGAGUUGAAAAUGUGGAAUGCACUGUUCGCUGAUGUUGCAUUUAGAACUGACUGUGUAAUAGGAAAAAACAAAUAUUUUUGUUUAACAGUUCAGUGUUUUUGUAAUGCCAAAAAAUGAAACAUAACGAGAAAAGAAAGUGCCAAAGGUCCCGUAGGAAACAUUGUUUGCCAUAUUGCAUUGGCUAGCAUUUCUAUGCUGUGAUCUACUUCAGUUGUAUGUUAAACGCUCUCAAAAAUCUGGAUGCCCCAGGGCAGUAACCGUGUCAGUUUUCUCUGGAGGAGAGUCAGCAUAUCAUGGCACAGCUCAGCUGUUGUGUGUCUCCAAGAUGUGUACAUAACACCAUUGAAUGCUCAGUUGCUAUCUGAAUUUGUUGUGCUUCAGUGUCGUGCAGACUAUGCACCUCAUCAGCAGCCUGCCAUGAAACAUGAGAUGCAAAACUACAGAAGCUUCCAUUGUUCACGCGUUGUGUGUUUUUCUUUUCUUUUUCCGAUACAGGGAACAAUUUCGCAUUCUUUAGCAGAGCCACAACGGCUAACAUAUCUUAAAGCUGAAGGGAAACUUUGGCCUGCUCUUGAUGUUGUCCUUCGAGCAGCUUUAGAAGCGAGACGUGCAAGGCUGCCCUAGAGCAUUGCACGUGCAAGCUAAUUGUAACGAGAACAGCAUGUGACGUUGUCGUACAGUGUAGCUGUGACUUCUCAGGUAACUGUAGCAAGAGUGGAAUGUGCAUCGGGCCUGACAUUUUUUUAGUUAUGCUUUUCAGCAAAAUCGGGGGUAAAUAUCGGGUUAUAUAUAUUUUGCUUCAAUAAUUCCGGUGUAAUCUGGUUGAACUGAUCCCGAUUCAACCCAGUUCCGGUUGAGUCUGAUUGAAUGUGGUGUAAACCCUCGGUUUACUUUGCAUGCUACUACAGUGAACCUUUGUUAAUCCGACAUACUCGCUUUAUAACAAUUUUUCUCGGCAUGUAAAUCCCCCUCGUUAAUAUGACAAUCCGUUUAUCGGACAAUGACCAAGGUUUUUGUCACAAGUAGGGUCAACAGGGUGUCUACCAACCUGGAAAACCGGGAAGAGUCAGGGAAUAGUCAGGGAAUUUUGAUGUGACAGGAAAAGUCAGGGAAUUUUGAUGUGACUGGAAAAGUCAGGGAAUUGUCAAGGAAUUUGGGUAAGAAGCAGCUGAAGUCAGGGAAAAUCGCAGACAUGUGCCGUGAUGACGCACAGCGAAUCGCGAGUGCCGACCGGUGGUUGAGAGGCGAUGCCACAGCAACGUUGCUGCGAGUAACAGUUGACCAGUAUGACAAGCUCUGACGCAGAAAAGUAGGGUAGCCUCACUAAUACUUAAUAAAUGGUCUGUUUUAUGAGGGAUCUGGUAUCAAAACGUAUGAGCAGGCACCAAGUUCCCUUUUGUUUUUGUCAGGGAAUUCGCUUGAAAUAGUCAGUGAAAACCUGGAAGAGUCAGGGAAUUUGAAGGCUGCAGUUUGGUAGACACCCUGGUCAAGCACAGGCAUUAUCUUCCCGAUAUUAUGACGUCCGACAUGACCCUCACAUGACCCUCCGAGUAGCCCCCGGGAGAGGCUGUCUCGUACCUCGCUCAGAGGGUGACACGUGUUAAAGUAGGGCGUCAACGUUUGGGAUGUCCCCUGAAAUCGCUGACCUCGGGAUUAUACUCGUUAUCGCUUUUCAAACGACCAAAGUGCUUAAAAAGGCGGGCACCAGGUCACGCCGUGCUGCUGCUUUCACGUAAGGAUUGCCGAAACAAAGCGGAAGAGGCAUUUGACCGUCGGAAUGGAGAGCGGCGUUACUCGAAGGAGACAGGCGAAGCCCUACAGGUUGUGUCGUUACUGUUUGAGCAGAUAAAGGUCGGUAACGUGUCCGCAAUCGAUGGUGCUAUUGUCCAUUUAAAAAAAUAAUGACUGAAAAUUGUUUGACGUAGUCAUUGUUAACUGACUUUUCAGAAAAUAAAUCAUAAUUACGUCGGCUUUUGUUGCGCGUAGCGGUGGGUCCGGUCCGCGGAAGGGAGCGUCUCUCCUUAAUACGACAAUUCGCUUUAGGACUAAAAUCUGCUAAAAGACUAAAUGACUAUGACUAAAAAAGGUGGGGUGGGGGGGUGACGGAAAGAGCUCCCGCACAAGGUGACUCGUACCCUAGCGACGCCACUGGUAUGAGUAUAAUUGAACCUCUGUAUGCAAUAAGGGGAUAAGUUGACCUAUCCUCCCUUUUUACUAUUUUCGCUGCAAUGACAUCUACAUACCUGGAUGUACCUGUCAGAGAAAAUUUAGGACCGUAUUGCAAUUUAUUGGCCUGCCACAGGAAAGUAAGAAACUGGAAAUGCACUUGUGUCAGUGGGACGGACAAUCAGAUCAGGCCCCUUUUCUCAGUUUGGGAUUUUUUGACUUCUCCCCCUUAUUGCAUGCAGAGGUUCAAUUAUGCAUUUACCACACAGUUUCCAAUGUUCUGUGUCUCUUGUGAUGAUAUCGAAAUCCCUGGUCCAGCAGUUUUCGGGGAAAUACCAGGCUAAACUGUGUUUCGCCGAUUUGAAUCUCUGGGCUGGAAAUAUCGGGCAUAACCUUAAAAAGUAAGGCCCGAAAUAUGCAGCCCCACGAAUGGCAACCUCAUCCACUUAAAUGUAUUUCGUUUCAGAAUUCUUUACUGUAGAACUCUGUUAGUCAGUUUUAACAAAGAGCUUGCAAACGGUUUGGUGCUUCUUGUGUGAAAAAUAAUGAAAAGCCGUUUUUUUGUGGAAUGCAACCAUUGCAUUUUGAAUUUCUGGUACUCUGUAGGCAAUAAGGUCAGGCCCUGUCGUGGGUAUGAUGUACCUGCCACAUUCUUGCACACACUGCACAGAAAAUCGUGAUUUUUUCUUUGCUGCCUUUACAACCAGCGAAAGUAUGCAAAAUAUGUAACUGUGGUGGUCCGAGUUUCCAUUCGAUUACUGUGCUUCUGCAGAUCAGCAGCACAAUGAACUGUUGUACAAAGAUUGGCAUUGCUAGAAUUAUGAAUGAAUAGUUAUCCCAGGUAGCUUAGUUCAAACUCCUGUCUCCUGAUUUGACAUUAUCGUGCUUCACAUUAGAUUCGUCAUCAUCAUCUUCACUUCACUGUAUUCUCCUUUGGAAUCUAAAUUUCGGAAAAAUAAAAUGGCAUCAUAAUGAAACUUUGCACCUCUCAAGCCAGGAGUGCAGAGUGGGGAUCACUCGACUCAGAGUCCUGAAAUCUGGCUUAACGAGAAGUGCAAUACUUUAAAAUUUCAA